AUCACCGAAAAUUAAAAAUCAAAACCAAAAAUCUGAAGCCCACACUCUUUCUCUUUCCCUCUCUUUCUGAAGAAAGUGAAAACCUCUCUCUCUCUGCUCUGGUUUUCUCUCUCUUUAGACUCGUCAAUGGCGAGGGUCAAGCACACAGCUACCAGGAGAGGCCGGACUCAAUCCGCUCGAACGCCACCAGAAGGAAGCUCGCCGGCGACGUCACCGGCAACGUCUAGAGGGCCGGGAAGGCCGAGGAAAAAUCCGAUAAGUCCAGGAUCACGAACGCCGAGGACACCUAGGAGUAAUGCCGCAACAGGUCCACCCACACAGACACAGAGGAAGAAGAGACGUAACAGACCAGGUACUGCAGCUCUUAGAGAGAUUCGUUUCUUUCAGAAAUCAGUGAAGCUAGUUAUCCCAUCCGCACCCUUCAUCAGAUGUGUAAGAGAAAUCAGCAGUACCUUGUCUAAUGAUGUUACACGUUGGACUGCCGAAGCUCUACAGUGUAUUCAUGAGGCAGCAGAGGAUUAUCUGGUUCAUUUGUUUGAAGAUUCAAUGCUCUGUGCAAUUCAUGCAAAGCGUGUAACUCUUAUGAGGAAGGAUUUUGAGCUGGCGCGUCGUCUUGGAGGGAUAGGGAGGCGGUGGUGAGAGUGUCAUAACCAACGCUGUAAUCACAAAUCACCACCCUUAGAAUCAAAUGACUUGUUCUGACAAUAGCAGUAUGUUGUACUUAAUGGUAGGACUAUAUAUUGUAACGAAUGGGUGGAAUGCUAAUCUGGAUCUCGAUAUCAGAUUUUAACACUAGCAUGUUAUGUAUUCUUUCAGUGUGAUUCAGAAUAA